UUCUAAAAUCAUUGUGCAUCUUCAUUCUCCCCCGUCCCCUGCGUCAGGGGAAAAAGAGAACAAAAAAAAAAACAACACAAAACAAAAACUCCCGUCUCGUCUCCGCUCCUUGCGCCUGCGCCGAUCUCCGUCUCGCGAGCAGAAUCCAGAGCAAGGGGAAGCCGCCGUCGUCCGUCCUGCUGCAUCCUGGAACUUAAACAUUAAAUAGCAACCAUUCACUCACAUAAACACAACACAAAGACAUCAUGCAAAGAAAGCAAUGAAAAUCAGGGAAUUACUUGCGAAUGGAUGGCAUAGAUAUAGUAUUUUCACUGCUAGGUUUUUGAGUCAAGCACAUGUCCAAGGCACGGAACGUUUUAGUUGCCACUGGUUUGUUGGCCUUUGCUGGUGCUGGCUUAGCAUUUCCAUUCUAUUUUGUGAAAUCAAAGAACAAACCCAUCAUUGAUUCAUCAAAGCCUCUACCUCCACAGGCUACAUUUCGAGGACCAUAUGUGAAUACUGGAUCGCGGGACAUUGGACCUGAUUAUACCGACUACCCCAAGAAGUGAUCUAUCUAUCCAAAAAUCAGAGGGACUCUUCUUGGACAGAUGAUAUUGUUAGAUUAUUGGGACCUAUAACUUUGAAGUUGUACUGACAUUGUUAUGUGUACUGUAGUCAAGGAUUGGGCUUCCAGACUUUUGAAUGUUCAUGCACCCACCCAAGCAGCGCAAAACCAGCAGUGAAUAAUUAUUUCCAGUUGGGACUGUCUUGUCCUGUGCAAGUGCUCUUAUGGAGUUUCAAGAAUAAUUUUAGCACAUAGGUUUACUAUAUAUUAUCUUUUGUUAGUUCAUGGAAUUUAUUUUAGGAUGUCUAGUGUAGGUGAUGCUACGUUUGCGACACCAUUACAGUUUCAAACAAAGUGCUGGUUUUCAUUUUCUUUUAUACUGUGCUAGUAUUGAUGCUAACAUUAGUGAGCCCAGUGAUACAAAGAUGAGUUGGGAAUUUCAAGAA